UUGUUUGUAAGUUUUAAGCAGCGGGAAUACAACAUUUUAGUCGUAGCGCAAAUUUUUUUUUUUUAAAUUGGGUGAUCAAGCAAAAAUGUCUUCCGUUCAUGUUUUAAGGGGGUUUGUUAACGAGCGACUAGCUGCUGCUGCUGAAGAAAUAUUCUGUGUUUUUGAAAAAACUAUCGUCGAGUACGAGAAAGAGAUCGACCGUCAGCGCAGACUGUUGGAUAUCGUUUGGAAACCCGAAAUAAAGUUACACCGAAUAGAGCUCCCACAGCAACGUGUCUGUGAGGAGGAGGAGGAGGAGGAGGAGGUUCCUGCUGACCAGAUGCUCUGUAUUCAGGAGAGGAACUCCAGUCUGGACCAAGAGGACACAGAGCCUCCACAAGUUAAAGAGAAACCAGAGCCUCCACAAGUUAAAGAGGAAUCGGAGCAGCUUGAAGUGAAGCGGGAGACUCCUACUUUUGAGGGAAGUGACCACAGUGAAGAUCAGACUGUGUACUUAAAUCCUGAUGACACUUUAAAUGCAGCAGAGACAGAGUCUGCAGUCAUCAUACCAGUUAUAAGCUCUGUGGUAUCAUAUGCAACCAGUGACCACCAGCUCCUCUCUGGUGAUCGAGCAGAGCCAAAACAACAGAAAAGACACUACAGAACCAGAAGUCACAUUAACAAUGUAAGCAGCCCUAACCUGUCAGAGGAUAACUGUAACACUGACAAAGGUAAAAAGUCUUUCACAUGUGACACAUGUGGAAAAGAUUUUAAUUUUAAGGGAAAUUUGCAGAGACAUCAGAGAAACAUCCACAAAGAUAAUAGGCCAUUUACUUGUAAAAUUAGUGGAAAACAUGUACAGUCUACUAGUUUGGUGAGCCAUAUGAGAAUCCACACAGGUGAAAAACCAUUUACAUGUAAAAUUUGUGGGUGGGGUUUCAGAUGCAAUAGUAGAUUGAAACAACACUCGACAAUCCACACAGGUGAGAAGCCAUAUUCUUGUAAAACUUGUGGUAAAGAUUUCAGAAAACGAUCUAACUUGGUGCUCCAUAUGAGAAUCCACACAGGGGAGAAGCCAUACGCUUGCAAUACUUGCGAGAAAAGAUUUGCUGACCGUUCAACAUGUAAAACACAUAUGAGAAUCCACACAGGUGAAAAGCCAUACGCUUGCAAUACUUGCGGGAAAAGAUUUGCUGACAAUUCAGCACGCCGUAUGCAUAUGAGAAUCCACACAGGUGAGAAGCCAUAUUCUUGUAAAACAUGUGGAAGAGAUUUCCGUUGUCAUUAUAUCUUAGCAGACCAUAUGAGAACCCACACAGGUGAGAAGCCAUAUUCUUGUAAAACUUGUGGUAAAGACUUCAGACAACAUUAUGGCUUGGUGCUCCAUAUGAGAACCCACACAGGUGAGAAGCCAUAUUCUUGUAAAACUUGUGGUAAAGAUUUCAGACAACAUUCUAACUUGGUGCUCCAUAUGAGAAUCCACACAGGGGAGAAGCCAUACGCUUGCAAUACUUGCAAGAAAAGAUUUGCUGACCGUUCCACAUGUAAAACACAUAUGAGAAUCCACACAGGUGAAAAGCCGUUUGCAUGUGAAGUUUGUGCAUUGGUUUUCAGCCAGAGUGGUCAUUUGAAAAUCCACAUGAGGACUCACACAGGUGCGAAGCCAUAUGCUUGCAAUACUUGCGAGAAAAGAUUUGCUGACGCUUCAACAUGUAAAAGGCAUAAGAGAAUCCACAGGUGAGAAGCCGUUUACUUGUAAAAUUUGUGGGACAUCUUUCAGAUGCAACAAUAUAUUAAAAAAAUCAUGUAAAAACCCACACGGGUUAGAAUCCACAUUCUUGUUAAAUAUCAGGAAAAAGGUUUCAAAAUUAAUUGUGACUUAAAAUUCCACAAGACAAUCCAAAACAGUUGAGAAGCGGUCGACUUGUAAAACAAGGGACAGCUUUCUUUUUGGCCACAUGAGAAAAGGUCACACUGGUGAGAAGCUCUUCAAAAGAUAGAAACCACUGAGCUGAUACUCCAGUACAAAUGUGUUAGUAGAUGUAAUGAAAUGCACCUUUGCAGCAGCUACAUCUGUCACUGAAUGUGAAAUAUUUUCCACACAGAUGAGAUGUCGACAUCAAAAGUUAAAGUUCCCCUUGAUAUGACUAGAUUAAAAAUAAUGAUGUGAACCUGAUUGUUGUUGGUUUUGCCAAAUGUCCAUUUACAAAAUAUGUCUGAAUCACUUUACAGUUUAAGAUGGACUUAAAAUCUUGUGACAGUUCUAUAUGAAGCCUCCGAAACAUUUUUACAAAAAGUCAGAUUUUACAUCUGAGAUCUGCUGGCUUCUGUUUUAUACUACAAUAAAAUGCAUCAUAUUUGAUGAGAAUGUG